UAUGUAUGUAGUGCAACGACUCCCCAACCAACUCCUUUAUCAUUAUGAGUAGAUGUUAUAGGUGCCCCAUCACAGCGCUGCUGAUUAAUUACUCCGUAUAAUUUAUAUAAUAAAAAUCCUUCCCCUCUACUCUCUACUCUCCACGACAACUAUAAUCAGUCAGUCUCUCCAAAAAUGUCUGAAACAACAAGUAGCACUGAGUUUUCUAAAAUCGAGUGCAGUGAUGGUGUGACUCUCGACGCCCGGAUUUUCCGACCAGCCGCCGGCGAACAUAAGGGUGGUGAUAGUGUGGUGGUGGUGCUGGUGCAUCCUUAUUCAGUGUUAGGUGGGUGUCAGGGACUUAUGAAGGGGAUGGCCCGUGGUCUUGCCGAUCGAGGACUCACAGCUAUCACCUUCGACACCCGCGGCGCCGGCAGAUCCACCGGCCGUGCUUCCCUCACCGGAUCUGCUGAGGUCAACGACGUCGUUUCCGUCUGCAAAUGGGCCACCUCCAACCUAUCCGCUAAUCGUAUUGUCCUUGUGGGCUCCUCUGCAGGAGCUGCAAUUGCUGGUUCUGCAAUUGAUAAGGUGGAGGAAGUAGUAGGGUAUGUGAGCUUAGGCUACCCAUUUGGAUUCACUGCUUCAAUCCUGUUUGGAGGCCACCAGAAAGCCAUACUGCAAUCCCCAAAACCAAAGCUCUUUGUGAUGGGGACCAAAGAUGGGUUCACAAGUGUCCACCAGCUGGAGAAGAAGCUCAGCAAUGCAGCUGGGAAUAACCAGACCCAUCUUAUUGAAGGUGUCAGCCAUUUUCAAAUGGAAGGCCCAGCUUUUGAUGCUCAAAUGGUUAACUUGAUUCUGCACUUCAUCUCAUCAUUCUAAUCUUCUUCUAUUCCAUGUAUCAACACCCCCUUCCCACUCUACCUUUGUUGGACACAAUCACUAUUGAUUUUUGGCUAAAUUACAUGAAAGAGAAUGUUGGUUGCAA